GGAUAAUCUUCAUUGUACACGUAUCCUUAUGAGAUAUUUAGAGCAACACAUUCCAGGCGAUCGAACAACACUGCCGAAACCUUUGCCACGACUCCCUGACUAUUUGUGUUGAGUUUGACUUUGCGCACUUAUUGAGGCUUCCCUGCAUCUAGAAAAAUGCCCACUCUACAGACGAAGGCAUUGCUGAACAACGGCCAGCAGAUCCCCGCCCUGGGAUAUGGCCUUUGGAAAACGCUACCCAGCCAAGCGAAGGAAGUCGUGGCCGAAGCAUUGAGGGUUGGGUAUAGACAUAUCGACUCGGCCGCGUCGUACAAGAAUGAAGCUGGAGCUAGCGAGGCCAUUCACGAGGCCGCCGAUAUCCCGCGUUCCGAGGUCUAUUUCACUUCCAAAGUCCGCCUGAUCACCUACGACGACUGUACAGCGCAGAUCAAGAAGACCUUGGCCGAAACUGGCUUCAACUAUAUCGACCUGAUGCUUCUGCACUGCCCGUACGGCACGUCUGAAGGUCGCAAGGGCGCUUGGAAGGCUCUUGUAGAGGCCCAGGAGGCCGGGAAGGUCAAGUCCAUCGGGGUGAGUAAUUACGGCAUCCAUCACCUUGACCAGCUCGAGCAGCAUAUCAGCGAGCUUGAGGUCGAGCGUGGAGGAAAAGGCAAGGGUGGAAAGAUCAAUGUCGCUCAGUAUGAACUCCACCCUUGGUGUGCGAGAAGGGAGAUUGUAGAGUGGUGCAAAGCGCGCGAUAUCAUUGUUGAGGCCUACAGCCCGCUUGUCCGCGGGGAGCGAUGGGGUGAAGCGCAGUUGGUGAAGCUAGCCGAGAAGUACGGCAAGUCAGAGGCGCAGAUCUUGCUCAGGUGGAGUCUGCAGAAGGGCUUCAUUCCGUUGCCGAAGAGUGUCACACCUGCGAGGAUUCGGGACAACACCGAUAUCUACGACUUCGAACUGAGCGAGGCUGACAUGAUAAGCUUGGAGACCGACGAGUAUGCCCCGGUCUGCUGGGAUCCCACGGUUAGCCCCUUCGAAUCAAGCCCUCAAUAAAAUUUGAAUAUCUAUCUCCAAA